UCACAUCCAAAGUCUUGAUUAGUUCUCAUCCAGUGGAGAGUCUGACUGAUGUUGGUUAUGAUACCGUCAUCAAGAAAGAUAAUUGUCAAUGGUUGUUAGCAUUUUUGAUAAUAAAGACCAUUCCAAAAACAAGCGAUGUGGAUGUUUUAGAGUGGAUAUCACCAUCCUUUGGACCAACAUGA